AUGGCGCGCCCUGGGCUGUGGCUGGCGGUGGCGCUGUGCAUCUCUGCGCCGUGGCUGGGCGCCUGCGAGGACCGCAACCCGCGGGACCAGUUCUACGACGAGCUGGACCGCCUGCUGGGCUUGCGGCCGGCCAAGAGGGAGGCUCGGCGGCCCGUGGUGUCAGCUGGCUGGCCACGCACUCUGGAGGGCCUGGGCGAGGUGAGCGGCGUGUCCGUCGACCCCCACGGAGACCCCGUCAUCCUGCACCGAGGGCCGCGACACUGGGACGCCGGGGCGUUCAACUCGACGACGCACUACCAGCGGCGGGCGGAGGGCCCCAUCGCGGUGGACGCCGUCCUGACGCUGGACGCGCACAGCGGCCGGCUCAAGCGCUCCUGGGGCCGCGGGCUGUUCUACCUGCCGCACGGCCUCACCGUCGACCCCAGGGGCCACGUCUGGGUCACCGAUGUCGCCCUCCACCAGGCGCUCAAGUUCGCACCGGGCUCCCCGGAACCGAUCAUAGAGGUUGGUACUCGGUUCGAGCCCGGGGUGGGUCACUACCACCUGUGCCAGCCCACAGCCGUGGCGGUGGCACCGGAGCCCUCGGCUGAGGUCUUUAUCGCGGACGGCUACUGCAAUUCGCGCAUCGUGGUGAUCAACUCGCAGGGCCGCUAUCUUAACCAGCUGCCUCGCUUCGAUGUUUUCGCUUCUACUGGAAAUGAGUUCUUGUCGCUUCAGGUGCCGCACGGAUUGGCGCUGCUGCCCCACCGAGACCUGCUGUGCAUCGCGGACCGCGACAACAUGCGCGUCGUGUGCCCCAGGGCCGGGCUGGUGGGCCGCACGCCGCCCACGCCGCCCUCCACCAUCCAGGCGCCGGACAUGGGCCGCGUCUUUGCAGUCGCCGAGACAGGUGGUCUGCUGUACGCAGUGAAUGGGCCGACCUCUCCGCGGAUACCAGUCCGGGGCUUCACCUUGGAUACGGACAACGAGUCCGUCGUCGACCGCUGGGGAGCAGAAGAGGGCCUGGAGACGCCCCACGCGCUGGCGGCGUGCCCCAACGGCAGCGCCCUCUACCUCAGCGAGCUGUCUCCGCCACGCGUCUGGAAGUUCGACCUGCGGCCGCUGCCGCACUUCUAGCCGGCAUCUGUCCGCGUCCCCACCCCCGUCUCUGCCUUCCACCGCCCUCGACCCCUCAGCGGCCAGCUUAAAACUCCACCACUCUCGCAACUUCUCCUCACUCGAUACGCCGGCUACAACCGGACGUGACCAACUGCAACGCACAAAAUACCUGUACGUUUCGGGAAAAAACCGUCAACACUAACUCCUUUCCUAAGAUUUCUUCCCUAUUAAUACACAAAAGUUUCGUAAAGUGGUGCUCAUCCUCAGGGGAAAAAAUUCGGGUUUCUUAUAUCGCGUAUUGCUGACGAAAUUAUCUCUCGUUAUCAGUCGAAUAACACCGACAACUCGAAGCAAAAUUUCACCACCUUUCCUACUAUUCAUCUUCGGAAGUGCUGCAAAUUUCGCCUGCUCAUGCCGGGUAGAUAACUUCUCGAAUUGUUGCUUCAAGCUGACGGUGUUAUUUACUGGUGAACCAAAACUUCUUUUCCGUGAUCUGCUAAGAAUGCGUGCAUUCUACUACGAUGUAGUCGUUAGCGAUUUGAUGUUAGAAUCCUGUAUCUUCUUUUGAUUACACAAAUUUGGAAAAAAACACGCGUUGGAUGUAACAGCAGCAAAUAAUUGCCAUUUGAACGCGCAGUGCUUUCCUUUGAGAAGGAAACCACCCCAAAGUGAGCGAAAGCUUCUGUCGAAGUAAUAUCAAACUUGAGUAAUCCUCCGAAAUACGGACGGAAAAUGACCUCGUUUUAGAGAACAAACUGAAAGUUUGUGUCAGUACCACUGGCUGUGACUUUCGACUGGGUGUCGCAGUCGCAAGACAAAACACACGAUUUUAUAAUUUAUCGAUUCGACACCUCACCGCAUACGGAAUCAUGUGUUACAGGGAGAACUAAGUACUGUUUUUAAGAGGUAUGUUUUUGUCACGACAUAUAUCUCCUGGAGCGUACACAACAACAACGUGAAUGCAAAAUUGGUGAAUAUCAACCAGGUUCCACACCACAUGGAUCUUGCCCAGAAUAAAUUUUAGUUAUGAAACUAAUUCUGAGGUUGCUAAAAAAAUGUACACUAAGAAAGUAGUCUGUAUCUUCGUAGAUUUCAAAAAUGAUCCAUUGGAUUGUAAGUCUCUCCUCCAGAUUCUGAAGUAACAAGGUUUGGAACCCAAAACCACGGCAGUUAUUAGUGAAACACUAAAAAGCACAAAAAUCUAAGGUGAAAUACAGAGCAGAAAUUUCGGAACAUUAUGAAGUUAAAACUGGAGUGAGACAGGGUCAUGGGCUCUCCCCAUUACUUUUCAACUAUGUCUUAGAAACAGUUGUCCAAGAGCGGAGAUAACUGAAAGCAGAGCUUAAAAUUGACGAACCAAUCAAAUCAUGAAGAACCAGUAGUAAGAAAUAACUCAAAAACCAAUACAAAUUCUUAAAGAAACAUCAGAUAGAAUAGGGGUCCAAACACUAUUUGAAAAAACAAAAGAUAUAUCUAGCGACUACCUGCAAUCCAAAAAUCUAAGUAUCAAAUAUAAGAAAAAGAAGAGAAUUUCUCUGUUCAAAUACUUAGACGAAACUAUCCAGGAAAUCGGUCUGAGAAGGAGUGGCACUGAAAUUCGUUGUCACAAAAUGGAAACACCUUUCAGGCUUACAAAAGCAAAAAAAAAGAGCUUUUCAGAAUACAUCAAGCUGAGGCACUACAACACAGUCAUCAAACCAGAUUGUCUAUAUGGGGAUGAAACACAGAUUUUCAACACAAAGAGGGACACAAAAAAGAGAGGGCGAAAGGUAAUCACGAAAAUAUUAGGAUCCAAUGACACCGAAGAAAGAACACAUUUUACACAAGUUUUAGGUAGUAUUAACAGUUCAAAAUUGUACUAAAUUGGGCAUUUGUGAUAAGGAAGUUAGUUGAGUUAACAAUGGGCACAAGACAAAAGUAAAAGAGAACAAGAAAAUUACCAAGAACUAACUUUACGAAUGGAUUGAAAUAGAAUUAUGGCGUAUCUGCAGUGCUUUUCAACUUAGCACCACGUAGUCUGAUACAAAAAGUAUACAAGGAGAGCAAUAAUGAUGAAAUUGUUUCAGAGAUGUGCAAUUGUAACAAUAGAUAUAAACACCCUUAAAGAAAUGUACGGAAUGAUGGAAGCAGAAGGAGCAAAACUUGAUUUUACAGUAAACGAAAACAAGACCAAAUAGACGGUAAUGCCCAUUUCUAAGGCAAGAAGAACACAUGAUCUGAAGGCCUCUGAUGAUUGUUUUAAAUCUGCCAAUUGCUUCCAUUAUUUAGGUGUCCUCUUAACCAGCGAUAAUAAUAUGAGACAAUGUAUUAGAGAAAGGAUACAAAGAGACAGCCUGUUAUGCAAACUUGCAGAUACUCGAGAAUUCCUUAACUUCAAAAUCAACCAACUUAAGAAUAUACUAUUCCUCUGUGCGACCAGAUGUUAUAUAUGGGUCAGAAAUGUAGACGAUGAUAGAAGCAGAUCUGAAUAACCUACGGGCAUGUGAAAGGAAAAUUCUGCGAGAAAUUUUUGGGCCCAUGAGAGAGGCAGAGGGUUGGAGUAUACCCUACAAUCACGAAAUACAAGAUCUUAUACAACAGAAAGAUAUAGUGAAAACUGAUAAAACUCAGAGAAUACCCUGUUUAUGACAUAUGGAGAGCUAGAUGGCUGGACAGUGUGUUGGCUGACGUCAGAAAGGUGGAAAUUCGAGGAUGGGAGAGAAAAGCAGAAAACCGAGCUGUAUCGAGGAAGACUGUUGAGGAAGCCGUGACCCAUCACAGGCUGUAGGGCCAAAGAAGAAGAAGAAGAAGAAGAAGAGGAAGAAGAAGAAGUAGAAGAAGAAUUAGAAGAAGACGAAGAAGAAGAAGAAUUAGAAGAAGACGAAGAAGAAGAAGAAUUAGAAGAACAAGAGGAAGAAGAAGAAACACGCAAACUAAGAGUAAAUAAAGACAUUAAAAAAUAAACCAACAUUUAUUCGAGUACGAAAAAAAAAAACCUAGGUUCUAGGGGCAUCUUAAAGGACUGGAGAGAACGCUGUGAAACCCGCAGUAAAGCUAAAAUUGAAAUAAUAAAAUGGUUUGACAUAUUAAAAGAAGAUCUGAAAGAAGCAGAAAUAACGUAACUUGAUAUAUUACACUGAAAACAUUUUAGAUAGAAAAUUCACAACUCGGCAGUUGGUGUAGCAGAGAAACCGAAGAAGAGUGUAACAGUUUGGUCCGACGAGCGGAAAAGAGCCCAUUCUGAGAGAAUAAAAGCAAUGUGGGCACAAGAAGUAGCUAAAACAAAACCUUGAAAAUGCCUCUUGUGCAUCGCGUGGUCUAUCGAACGUGGAUAAUAUACAGUCCCAAAAUGGUAACAUUGUGCGGGGAAAGAAAAUUACAGAGAUAAUGACCCGAAAAGCGCCGGUCCCAAAACCAACUAGCGGUACUGCCGCGAUUAUAGCCAGCGAUAUAAUUUUCGUGCAAGCCACAUGGUUUCUGGAAAACCUGACUCAAGAGCCUCUGUGGAUUGUGUUGUUGGUGAGCGGAGAUCCAUCGCAACCAAUCCGGCACAUCUCAUGGCGGCAGAGGCCCACAUUUGGAUCCGGUCUGACAACAAAACAUACAAUAAUUAAUGUUAGUAUACUAAACACGAUUGUCGUGUCCAUUAAAAUAAAUAUGUCGCUACAAACACUAUCCUCUUCUUCGACUUUCUAAAAUUACGAAAGAAAAUCGCAGAUACGACCAGGAAAUAGCAAUUACAAUUACAAAAUCUGAACUUAAUCGACAAAGAUACGAAACAACUGAGUAACAGAAAUUCAUGAAGGCCUAAAAUACUGCCUUACAAACAGAAAUAAUUCAGGAUAGAACAAAAAUCAGGGCAACAGAUAAGAAUCACAAUUUUUCUAAGACAUAUCUUGCAUGUGUGUGCGUGUGUGUGUGUGUGUGUGUGUGUGAGUGUGUGUGUGUGUGUGUGUGUGUGUGUGUGCGUGCGUGCGUUUGCAUUUGCGUGCGCGUGAGCGUCAGCGUAUAGAGAUUGUAUGCUGCUCUUAGAAUCAACGCCAAAAUAUGCCACAUGUCCUGCAACCAAAGAAGAAGAUUUGAACAUUAGAUCGUACAACAGAAACAGUCAGCAUAUUUCUUCAGUACUCACUUGAAUAGAAACACAGCUUUCUGAACAAGUUUGUGAUUUGAUCAAAGACUAUUUUUAUGAAAUACUUUCCGUAACUGGUUUAUUUCAAUAUGCCUCACGAUUAAAACAGACACGGAAUUCGACGGAAUUAAUGAGACGCACAAAAUAUUAUCGUAAGUCGUUCUUCGCAUGUCUGAGUUUACCGUAUCCAGAAUUUACACCUGUACGUGCAGCAUGUGGAAUUGGGACCUAUCGAAGUCUGUCUCCAUCUUCAACAGCGUUGUUAGAUUUACAGCUCAGUGGCUCUUUUGACCACGCGAAUUUGUUAGUGAUAGCUGAUGCGCUCUUAGUUUUAUUUACAAGUGUACUGAUGUCUAUUUAACUACUUAACAAUUGGAUCUGAACCUAAGUUAAAUUGAGAUCGCCCACUAUGAAACAGAACUCCCCAUUGCGAUAGAUUCUGUGUAAUACCAUGCUUCUUGCUGGACCUUUCACGCGUCAAUUGUCUUUCCUAGAUACAAUGACAACGCAGUUUUCUUUAAUGUGUAAGAUCAACAUCACGUUAUUGUUGAGUUUCGUAAUUAGUUGCACUGCCGUGUCUUAUCUUUGGGGUAACUUUUCUGUUUGCACGUAGUUCGUUCUGCAGACGUUUUAUGGAAGAGGAGAGAGGUCCCAACCGUCGCCUUUCAACUGCAGUUACAUGAAGUGCUAUUUGUAUAUUUUCUUACUUGGAAAAACUGUUUUAUAUCCUUUGGGCCAUUAUUUCUUCAAUUAGUCUGAAACCGUUCUCCAGUUCUUAUUGUAAUGUGCUAGUAAUUUUAUCUCUGCCAACCAUUUAAAUUCAUCAUCAUCUUUAACCUCUUCUGUUAAUCUAUUCUUUUUCGUCUCAAUGCAGUUAUUUGUCUUUGCUGGUUUCUGUAUUCCAAAAUUAACAAAGGCGGAUAUCUGAUCACAUGUCGGUUUGUACGCUCAACCCAUUACGAAGGAUUUCACGCUCAUUUAUCUAAUCGACGACUCAGCUUACUACAUAAAUAUGACAGAAUUUUCCUAACUACGCGAAAAUAGCAAACAUCUCAUUUUACGCAGAUAAGAGAAUUGCGUUUUCUAGCUACUAUAUUUCCAAAAGAAGAAAAGUAAACGAAAAAGGCAUGAAAUUGUAAACAUUUUGGAGAUAUUUACAUUCAGAAACGACGAAAAUUCGAAAAUCUGUAUAUGAUAACUAGGUCGUAGAAACAAUAUAGGCUCCCGAACAAAUAGCGAGAGUGGUAAUGGUGCUUUAAACUUAUAUACAGUCUGGCACAAACUGUAAAUUGUAUCUACAUGUUCAUGUUUCAAACGAUUUUUCACAUAGGAACGACAUCAAAAAUUGCAAUGAAAACGAAUGACAGAGUAAUAAAAAUUACUGUUUCGAUUAAAUCAUAGGAUCUUCACGUCAAAUCAAAUAUUAAUAUAUAGGCUUCCUCUCACAGGUUGUUUUCCCACCUACUUAGAAGUUACUGAAUUUAAAUGAGGUGUGUUUGUGGAAAGUUUGGCAUGUUUCUCCACUUCUUUGUUUCUGGAAGUUACAACGGUACAGAUAUGAGAGCACAACUUCGAUCGCCAGUGUUGGUUUUAUGUUUUCGAAGCAAUCACUGCCUUUCGAGCUGACCAUAAGUAAUGUCCACGGCGGGUUAGCCUAUGCCGUCUGUAGAAUACCGAUCACCUUCCAACAAUUAGAUAGAAACGCAAAUGGGAAGGAGAACUGCUACUAGCAUUGUCGGGUCCAACACAAAAUCUAAUUCAUUGUUGUGACAGAACGCAAUUACUACUUUCGACAUGAACAACAACGUUCGCUCAUAAUCAACUUCACUGCGCAACAGCUAACAACGCAAGAAUUCUCUGUAUCUUCUCUCGUGUCACAAGAAGUGAUCGUUAAGCAGUUUCUUAGUCGAGAUGGUACACUUUAAGCUGGCCACAUUCCUAAUACGUGACGUCUUCCUACUUUUCGUAGACUGCAUGUGUUUGUCACUACCUGUUUCCCGACAGUCCAGGAGAUGCCACAUGUUCAUGAUUACACAAUUUUAUCAGAGUAGCACAUGAUCCAAGAAUUCUCUCUAGAGAAAGAGAGCUGUUGUUACUAAUUAGAACACAUCCUACCUAUUUUGUGUGUCCUAUGUAGUAGUCGAUGAAACAGAAGCAACUGCACAAAACCUGAGCACAGGAGGAAAACACUGAAGUAUAUAUUGUCCUAUUAUAGCUCAGAAAAUAGUGGGUUGCACGAUAAAAUCACCUUAAUUCUUGACAACGUAGAAUUUUAUUUUUACAGAGGACGCUAGGAGGGAAAUGCAUAUGCAUAAGUCAAAGGUAAGGAAGAAAAGUCUUUCAGAUUCGAGGCCUUUCGGUGAACUUUUAUGUUGCAUCGUCAGGUCGCGACUUAAUAAAACAAAUGGGGAAUAUACGAGCGGUACGACUGUAUAUUUUCAGAACAGUGAACAGUCAGAUGUAACAACAAAAUGUUAUUACUACUUAAAAUAAAACUUUCACACUGUCUCAUGAAGACUAGCUUUUGCUGAUAUACAAAUGAACUUUCCUUUAUGUUAUAUCUGUCCACUGGUUUUGUACGUAUCUUUACAGACGCCUAGUGUUGAUACUGAUGGUUCUAACUAUUAAUAAACUCGGUUUAUAUUCUUCUAUUUUAAUGACAAUUGACUUUUGCAAAAGAACUAUUUUUAAGAACUAUUGACUUCUUAUUACACGUUCCUGUCAGUUUUGAUGGUUUUGAUUUCAUGUUACAUUCUGAAAAUACGUGAAGGACGUAAUUCCUAAUGGCAGAGAGAAACCAGAAGGUAUUAAGGCGUUUGUUACAAAAAACAUUUAGUUUUUGAGAAAUGAAUUUAUGUCUGAUUUGGUGAUCCAAUUGGCUAUAAUUUAUUGUAUAUUUAUGUACCGAUUUCUAGAAAAUAAAUUUAUCGAUUAAAGAACAAUAUUGAAUAUAAAA